ACGGCGAAGGGGGUCACGUACCCGGACACACGCACGAGCGGGGAACAAAGGGCCAAACAUGCUCCGAACCCGCUCCGUCCCCGGGCCCCGGUUACCUGCGCAGUUCCCUGGCACCCUGGCCCUGACUGGCAGUGUAUCCCAGCUCCUUGCCCGGGCCAUUCCUUCCAUGCUGUCUUCAAACCCUGCCGCCUGCACCUCUCCCAACCCUGACAGGGAGAACUCAAGUAAGAAGGUCCAGUGGGCUUCUGGGAAGAGGAGGACGUCAUCCACAGACUCAGAGCCGAAGUCCCACGCCGACCCGUCCAAAGCGUCCAGGUCCCGGAGACCCAGCCGGCUGACGGUGAAGUAUGACCGCGGGCAGCUCCAGCGCUGGGUGGACGUGGAGCAGUGGGUGGAUGCGAAGGUUCAGGAGCUCUUCCAGGAUCAACCAACCUCUUCCGAGCUGGAGAUUGACCUGGAAGCUCUCAUGGAACUAUCCACAGAGGAGCAGAAAACUCAGCUGGAGGCUCUUCUCCGAGACUGUCCCAGCCCCACAGAGCCUUUUAUCUCCGAACUGCUCAGUCAACUCAAGAAACUCCGGAGACUCAGUCGGCCUCAGAAAUAAGACUUGUGAGACUACGUUUAGCAGCCUCAGCACUGUCAGGCCUGCCCCGAGCCUCUGGAUCCUGGGCUGAGAGGGA